GCAAGGACUCACUCUGCUGUAAAAAUGAGCAGCAUCCAUAAAGCUCUGACUCUGUCCACCGCGCACUGAUAAAGGAGAGGUCCGGUGCGAGCAUCCGACCGAGCUCAGAGUCGCACAUCCGACGGAACCGCAGCCAGACUCGCAUCCACCAGCCUCUGGCUCCAGUUUUCAUUCGGACCCCUUUUUCUGCCUCUGAACUGGGCACACGCCGAGGAUAAGUGUUUGCGGAGCUGACUUGAGAAGUGAAACAGCCGACACUUGUUGCUCGCCUGCUCAGGUAAACCUCCUGUCAGCAGCCAGAAGUGCUCAGUGGAGAGUCUGGUGCGCACAUGGCACCGAAAACGCGCUCCUCACACUCCUGACAGCCGCGCAAUAUGGAGCCACACACAGGAUAACGGGGACUACCUGCUGAAUGGGUUCUUAACCUACUUCCGAUCAGACCUUAUUUAAGUUGGGCAUUUUCUUCUGAAAUCUGACUCUUUUUUUUUUUUUUUGCGAACUUUUGGCGGUUAAAAAGCACAGAGCCAUGUUGGGGUUAAACAGGAUUACGAGCCUCCGGGCAGCGCGGAUUCGGAGCUGUGGUUCGCCGGGAGUCAGACUCUCAUCACGGGCUUAUUCAUGCCAAAACCCCGGUGCCAGUUCGAGGAUUUACUGUGCGUGUCUGCUGCUGCUGCUGCUGAUAACGCCUCGGGUGGACUCGUCGUGGUGGUACAUUGGUGCGCUGGGGGCCCGUGUGAUCUGUGACAACAUCCCAGGCUUGGUGAAUAAGCAGCGGCAACUGUGCCAGCGCCACCCAGACAUCAUGCAGGCCAUCGGUGAGGGCACCAAGGAGUGGAUCAGAGAAUGCCAGCACCAGUUCAGACACCAUCGCUGGAACUGCAGCACACUGGACCGUGACCACACUGUGUUUGGACGCGUCCUGCUACGGAGCAGUCGUGAAGCAGCCUUCGUCUACGCUAUCUCCUCAGCAGGAGUGGUGUAUGCGCUUACUCGUGCCUGCAGCCAGGGGGAACUGAAGACAUGUAACUGCGACCCACACAAGCGUGGACGGGCUAGUGAUAAGAGAGGAGAGUUUGACUGGGGUGGCUGUAGCGAUAACAUCAACUACGGCAUAAAGUUUGCCAAAGCCUUCAUAGAUGCCAAAGAGAGGACUGUCCGAGAUGCACGGGCACUCAUGAACCUACACAACAACCGCUGUGGCAGAACAGCAGUCAAGCGAUUCAUGAAGCUGGAGUGUAAGUGUCACGGAGUGAGCGGUUCUUGCACGCUACGGACAUGUUGGAUGGCCAUGUCAGACUUCAGGAAGACCGGUGACUACCUGAGGCGGAAAUACAACGGGGCCAUCGAGGUGACAAUGAAUCAGGAUGGGACAGGCUUCGCUGUAGCCAACAAAGCCUUCAGGAAUGCAACCAAGAACGACCUGGUCUACUUUGAGAACUCUCCGGAUUAUUGCCUGCAAGACAAAACAGCAGGUUCCCUGGGCACUGCUGGGCGGGUCUGCAAUAAGACAUCACGCGGCACAGACGGCUGCGAGGUCAUGUGCUGUGGACGGGGCUACGACACCACGCGAGUCAAGCAAAUCACCAAGUGCGAGUGCAAAUUCAAAUGGUGCUGUGCUGUGGAGUGUAAGGACUGUGAGGAGGCCGUGGACAUACACACGUGCAAGGCCCCGAAACGAGCUGAAUGGUUGGACCAGACCUGAGGACAUGCCCCCUCCGCCCCCUGUAAUGCAACCCCACCCCUUUCCCCUUUGCAGGACAUCCUGUGGAACAUGGCAUUCUGGGAAAGUUUAUCCGAAAGUGCUCUGCGUCUCCGCCCUCCCCUGCUCCCACCUUGGUUCAUCAUUGCAUGGCUUUUCUACCUGUCUGUGUGAAAGCACUAGAAGUCAGUACCCAUCAAUAUGAAUUAAUACCCAUUACCCCUGUUUGUGAAUGGCCCUGUGACUGAACUACUGGGAUCAGAUGAUGAACAGUGUAACCAGUGAACACUUUGGGGUUUGGGUAGAUUGGGCUUCUAUCAAAGAUUCAGUCCAGAUAGCCUUUUUUCUAGUGUGUGGUUCUGAGUUAAAAAUGGUUUGCUGCUUUGAUGAUGCUUUAAAGACACAUUUUUACAUUAACUGAGCCUUCAAACGUAUCCAGUAUUAUCACAACAUCAUAUACUCACAUAAUUUUCUUUCUUUUUCUGGGGAAAUACACUUUUAUCUACCAAAAAGAAUACUUGGUUGGACUUUGGGAAGUAGCUUGACAACUGCACUUUGAGAAGUGGACAUCGAAGUGUAAGUUUGGCUCUGUGUGGCCAAACAGAAGUCCAGGCAGAGGACUACCAGAGGACACGUAGAUGGACACCAGAUGAAUAAAUGGAUGGAUGCAUUAUUGGAACUUUGAAUACACCUGACAAAAAACCAAACAAACAAAAAAACAAAGCUGUUUAAAAGUGAUUUAUUUAAAUUGUAAAGUGUUGUUUUCAUUUCUCAUCUGCGGAUGAGACUGCACUAUAUUGGCUGACAAGGGGAGAGAGAAGAGCACUCCCAUUAUUGUGAUUAUACAGCGUAUUUUAGUUUUUGCUGUGUUAGAUGACAAAUUGCCAAUGAGAAGAAGAAGAAGAAGAAGACAAAGAAGAAGACAAAGAAGAAGACAAAGAAGAAGAAGAAGACAAAGAAGAAGAAGAAGAAGAAGAAAAAGAAGAAAGCCUGGAUGGUCAUUCAGUCACACAUAAUCACAACAUCAGUCAGAUUUCACUUCUCUGCUCUCCAGCUUGCUUGUAUAACAUUGUGUAUAUUGCCUUAUCUAAACAGAUGU